AUGGCCCUCGAGGUCCUCCUGCGCGAUGUCGUGGCCGUCAUCGUAGGGCACCUGGUCGAUGAUGGCCUCCUGCUCCUCCUUCGUCCCGGCGCCGCCGUCCACUUAGCGCACCUUGUCGAAGAUGAUGGCCUCCUGCCCUUCCUUCGUCCAAUUGUCGCAGUUGUCGUAGUGCACCUGGUCGAUGAUGGUGUCCUCCUGCUGCUCCUCUGCACCGCCGCCGCCGCUCUCGUAAAGCACCUGGUCGAUGAUGGCCCCCUGCUCCUUCAUCGCACCGACGCCGCCGUCCGCGUAGAGCGCCGCGUUGAAGAAGAUGGCAUCCUGCUCCUCCUCAUCCGUCCUGUCGUGGCCGCCCUCGUCGUUGCCGUCCGCGUGGGGCACCUGGUCGGUGAUGAUGGCCUCCCGCUCCCCCCUUCCUUCCGUUGGCACCGCACCUAG